AUGGACGCCGUGCCCAUCUCGAAGAAGCUGAUAGCCUUUGGCAGCAAGAAGAUCUACCUACCCAAAUUCACAGUCGCGCUUGUACGGACACCCAAGCUAUCGCCCUACCACGCUCGCUUCCUUGUCCCGCUCGACUUUUCAAAAUAUGAUCUCCGCGACUAUCUCUACCAUGCGUACAACGUCAAAUGUUUCAACAUCCGCUCGUACGUAAAGCAAAUGCCCGUACGGGACACGCGCGAACAGCCACGGCACUGGUUCCGCCCAGAAUCUCAAAAGUACAUGACUGUGGAGAUGGAGCAGCCUUUUGUGUGGCCUGAGAUUCCCGACCUGGAGCCAUGGGGACAACGAGAGAAGCAUAAUGAAGUUGAAGAGGCAACAAGGAUAAAUGGGCCUAUAAACAAUAAUGACAAGCGCGAAGCGGCCCGGAAACUGCGGGAGCAGGCAAUGAAGUUACUAUACAAGGAUGUGGGCCGUCGCGGUGAGAUAUCACAAUUAUCAGAGGAGGUGGAUGCACAGGAUUCGGAGGCUCAGGUGGAGCGAGAGCGGGAAGAGAGGAUGCUGAAGCGUAUGUCCAGAAUAAAACUGUGGGAGAAGGAGAGGACGGGCAAGGCUGUGGAAAGCGACAACCGCAAGCACUACGCCAUUAAGGCAUGA